CUCUCUCUCUCUCUCUCUCUCUCCUCAAAAACAUGUCUCUCUCUUCUCUCUCUCUCGACACCAAGCCAAGAUUCGUCGUAGGUGGCCCAUUUAACGGCCGUUAUCCUCCCCUCCACCACCCUCGUAGCUCCGUUUCCUACUCAGCUAAGCGCUCAGCUGUCUCAGCAUCACUCAGCGUCGCAGCUGAUUCAACAGAGUCUAUCACACGGAUUGAGUCACUGAGUCAAGUCUCAGGCGUGCUUGGUUGUCAGUGGGGAGAUGAAGGCAAAGGGAAACUCGUUGACAUUUUGGCUCAACACUUUGACAUCGUUGCUCGUUGUCAGGGUGGAGCUAAUGCUGGACACACUAUAUACAACUCAGAGGGAAAGAAAUUUGCUCUUCACCUUGUGCCUUCAGGUAUACUCAACGAAGACACAACUUGUGUAAUAGGCAACGGUGUUGUUGUUCAUUUACCAGGUCUCUUCAAAGAGAUUGAUGGUCUUGAAUCCAACGGCGUCUCCUGCAAAGGAAGAAUCUUAGUCUCAGACCGUGCUCAUCUCUUGUUCGACUUCCAUCAAGAAGUAGAUGGACUCAGAGAAUCAGAGCUUGCCAAGUCAUUCAUUGGCACUACCAAGAGAGGCAUUGGUCCUUGCUACUCAAGUAAAGUGAUAAGAAACGGUAUCAGAGUUGGUGAUUUAAGACACAUGGAUACUUUACCUCAGAAGCUUGAGGUUUUGUUAGCUGAUGCAGCUGCUAGGUUUCCAGGGUUUAAGUUUACUCAAGAGAUGCUUAGGGAAGAAGUUGAAGCUUAUAAGAGAUAUGCUGAGAGAUUAGAGCCUUACAUUACUGAUACGGUUCAUUUCAUGAAUGAUGCUAUUUAUGGGAAGAAGAAGAAGGUUUUGGUUGAAGGUGGUCAAGCUACUAUGUUGGAUAUUGACUUUGGUACUUAUCCUUUUGUUACUUCUUCUAGUCCAUCUGCUGGUGGGAUCUGUACUGGUCUUGGUAUUGCUCCAAGAGCUGUUGGUGAUCUCAUUGGUGUGGUGAAAGCAUACACUACAAGAGUUGGUUCAGGACCAUUCCCAACAGAGAAUUUGGGAACAGGUGGUGACCUUCUUAGGUUAGCAGGACAAGAGUUUGGCACUACAACAGGUCGCCCUCGUCGUUGUGGAUGGCUUGACCUUGUUGCCCUGAAGUUCUCUUGCCAAAUCAAUGGGUUUGCAUCGCUCAAUCUCACUAAGCUCGAUGUGCUUUCUGACCUGAAUGAGAUUCAGCUUGGUGUGGCUUACAAGAAGAGUGAUGGCACUCGUGUUGAUUCUUUCCCUGGUGAUCUUCGUCUCCUUGAAGAACUAGAAGUUGAGUAUGAAACCUUACCUGGAUGGAACACUGACAUAUCCUCUGUCAGAAACUACGCUGAUCUUCCAAAGGCUGCACAACAAUACGUUGAGAGGAUUGAAGAGCUUGUUGGUGUGCCUAUUCAUUACAUUGGUAUUGGACCAGGUCGUGAUGCCCUAAUAUAUAAAUGAGUUCUAGGUUAGGCUUUUUGGCUCUGACUUAAAAAAACUUGAUGAAGCAGCAUGUUACUGGAGGAUUGUUACGUGUUUUGGAAUGAUUAAUGUUAUCUGUUGGCAUUGUUUCUUAUAUUGGAAUGAAGAUGAAUUCUAUGUUUUUAACUUUAAGCAUCUUUCAUGUUUGAUCUUUGGUAAUUAUUAC